AUGUCCACCGAAGCGCCGACCAGUACCAACGCCGCACCAGACACGACCGCAGCAUCGAUUCUACCGGAUGCAGUGACAGAUGCGGCUUCUGCAGUGUCAACCGAUGCUGUGGUCAGUACCGAUACAGCGCCGGAUACAACUGAAGCCGCAACCAUCACGGACGCAGUGACAGAUGCGCCUUCUGCCAUGUCCACCGACGAUCUGACCAGUACCGAUGCUGCAAUUGUUACAACUGCAGCAUCGACCAGCACGGACGCGGUGACAGAUGCGCCUUCUGCAAUGUCCACCGACGCACAGACCAUGUCAACCGAUGCUGUGGUCAGUACCGAUACAGCGCCGGAUACAACUGAAGCCGCAACCAUCACGGACGCAGUGACAGAUGCGCCUUCUGCCAUGUCCACCGACGAUCUGACCAGUACCGAUGCUGCAAUCGAAACAACUGCAGCAUCGACCAGCACGGACGCGGUGACAGAUGCGCCUUCUGCAAUGUCCACCGACGCACAGACCAUGUCAACCGAUGCUGUGGUCAGUACCGAUACAGCGCCGGAUACAACUGAAGCCGCAACCAUCACGGACGCAGUGACAGAUGCGCCUUCUGCCAUGUCCACCGACGAUCUGACCAGUACCGAUGCUGCAAUUGUUACAACUGCAGCAUCGACCAGCACGGACGCGGUGACAGAUGCGCCUUCUGCAAUGUCCACCGACGCACAGACCAUGUCAACCGAUGCUGUGGUCAGUACCGAUACAGCGCCGGAUACAACUGAAGCCGCAACCAUCACGGACGCAGUGACAGAUGCGCCUUCUGCCAUGUCCACCGACGAUCUGACCAGUACCGAUGCUGCAAUCGAAACAACUGCAGCAUCGACCAGCACGGACGCGGUGACAGAUGCGCCUUCUGCAAUGUCCACCGACGCACAGACCAUGUCAACCGAUGCUGUGGUCAGUACCGAUACAGCGCCGGAUACAACUGAAGCCGCAACCAUCACGGACGCAGUGACAGAUGCGCCUUCUGCCAUGUCCACCGACGAUCUGACCAGUACCGAUGCUGCAAUUGUUACAACUGCAGCAUCGACCAGCACGGACGCGGUGACAGAUGAGCCUUCUGCAAUGUCCACCGACGCACAGACCAUGUCAACCGAUGCUGUGGUCAGUACCGAUACUGCGCCGGAUACAACUGAAGCCGCAACCAUCACGGACGCAGUGACAGAUGCGCCUUCUGCCAUGUCCACCGACGAUCUGACCAGUACCGAUGCUGCAAUCGAAACAACUGCAGCAUCGACCAACUCGGACGCAGUGACAGAUGCCAAUCCUGCAGUUUCUACCGACGCGCCGACCAGUACCGACGCCGCACCAGACACAACUGCAGCAUCGACCAACACGGACGCGGUGACAGAUGCGCCUUCUGCAGUGUCCACCGACGCACAGACCAGUACCGAUGCUGUAAUUGACACAACUGCAGCAUCGACCAUCACGGACCCAGUGACAGAUGCCAAUUAUGCGUUUUCUACCCACGCGCCGACCAGUACCGACGCCGCACCAAACACAACUCCAGGAUCGACCAACGCAGACGCGGUGUCAGAUGCGCCUUCUGCAGUGUCAACCGAUGCUGUGAUGCAACCGAGAGAUGCCAACUCUGCAGUUUCUACCGACGAGCCGAACAGUACCAACGCUGCAACAGACACAACUGCAGCAUCGACCAACGCGGACGCGGUGUCAGAUGCGCCUUCUGCAGUGUCCACCGACGCGCCGAUCAGUACCGACGCCGCACUAGACACAACAGCAGCAUUGACCAUCACGGACGCAAUGACAGAUGCUCCUUCUGCAGUGUCAACCGAUGAUGUGAUCAGUACCGAUGCUGCGCUGGAUACAAUCGAAGCCGCAGCCAUCACGGACGCGGUGACAGGUGCGCCUUCUGCAAUGUCCACCUGUGCACAGACCAGUACCGACGCCGCAACAGACACAACAGCAGCAUCGACCAUCACGAACGCAGUGACAGAUGCUCCUUCUGUAGUGUCAACCGAUGCUGUGAUGCAACCGAGAGAUGCCAACUCUGCAGUUUCUACCGACGCGCCGAACAGUACCAACGCUGCAACAGACACCACUGCAGCAUUGACCAUUGCGGACGCGGUAACAGAUGCUCCUUCUGCAAUGUCCACCGACGCGCCGACCAGUACCGAUGCCGCGCCGGACACAACAGCAGCAUCGACCAUCACGAACGCAGUGACAGAUGCUCCUUCUGUAGUGUCAACCGAUGCUGUGAUGCAACCGAGAGAUGCCAACUCUGCAGUUUCCACCGACGCGCCGAUCAUGUCAACCGAUGCUGUGGUCAGUACCGAUACUGCCCCGGAUACAACUGAAGCCGCAACCAUCACGGACGCAGUGACAGAUGCGCCUUCUGCAAUGUCCGCCGACGAUCUGACUAGUACCGAUGCUGCAAUUGUUACAACUGCAGCAUCGACCAACACGGACGCGGUGACAGAAGCGCCUGCUGCAGUGUCCACUGACGCGCCGACCAGUACCGACGCCGCACCAGACACGACCGCAGCAUCGAUUCUACCGGAUGCAGUGACAGAUGCAGCUUCUGCAGUGUCAACCGAUGCUGUGGUCAGUACCGAUACUGCGCCGGAUACAACUGAAGCCGCAACCAUCACGGACGCAGUGACAGAUGCGCCUUCUGCAAUGUCCGCCGACGAUCUGACUAGUACCGAUGCUGCAAUUGUUACAACUGCAGCAUCGACCAACACGGACGCGGUGACAGAUGCGCCUUCUGCAGUGUCCACCGACGCACAGACCAGUACCGACGAUGCACCAGACACAACUGCAGCAUCGACCAUCAUGGACGCGUUGGCAGAUGCGGCUUCUGCAAUGUCCAGUGACGCACAGGCCAGUACCGAUGCUGCAAUUGAUACAACUGCAGCAUCGACCAUCACGGACGCAGUGACAGAUACGCCUUCGGCAAUGUCCACUGACGCGCCGACCAGUACCGACGCCACACCAGACACAACCGCAGCAUCGACCAUCAGGGGCGCUGUGACAGAUGUCCAUUCUACAGUGUCUAUUGCUGAACCGACCAGUACUGAUGCUGUGCCGGAUACAACUCCUGCUGCAAUCCUCGCAACAAGAGCAACAGAUGUUCCUAUCACCGCGUCAACCGAUGCUGUGACCAGCACCGAUGCUGCGCCAGAUACAACUGCAACAGUAACGGUCACCGACACACCGGCAGAUACGUCAACGGCAGCUCCUGUGGACACAGUUGUGGAUACUGGAGAAUUUUAA